GUGGCAGCGGCUGCCAUUACUCAAGGCGCAGCAGCUGCAGACAGUGAGCGGUCGCGGCUCAGUCACCCACCCACCCCGGCACCGACAACAACAACAAACACCAGCCGCCGCUCCCCACACACACACACACACCAUGAACGGACAGAUCAACGGCCUGCACCAGAACCUGCUGGACGAGAGGACGUUCCUCUUCACCUCCGAGUCGGUCGGUGAAGGUCACCCAGAUAAAAUCUGUGAUCAGAUUAGUGAUGCUGUAUUGGAUGCCCAUCUCAAACAAGACCCGGAUGCCAAAGUUGCAUGUGAGACUGUUGCAAAAACUGGUAUGAUUCUGCUGUGCGGUGAGAUUACCUCUAGGGCUGCUGUCGACUACCAGAAAGUCGUACGAGAUACUAUUAAACAUAUCGGGUACAAUGAUUCAUCAAAAGGCUUUGACUACAAGACCUGCAACGUUCUGGUUGCUUUGGAGCAACAGUCUCCAGAUAUUGCACAAGGUGUUCAUUUGGACAGGAAUGAAGAGGAUAUUGGUGCUGGUGAUCAAGGCCUUAUGUUUGGUUACGCCACAGAUGAGACUGAGGAGUGUAUGCCCCUGACCAUUGUUCUUGCUCACAAACUGAAUGCUAAAAUGGCAGAGCUGCGCCGUAAUGGCACUCUGCCCUGGCUCCGGCCAGACAGCAAGACACAGGUUACUGUGCAGUACCUGCAGGACCACGGUGCUGUCAUUCCCAUCCGCGUGCACACAGUUGUGGUGUCGGUGCAGCAUGACGAGGAGGUUCCGCUGGAUGAGAUGAGGGAUGCUCUGAAGGACAAAGUGGUCAAGGCGGUUGUGCCCAGCAAGUACUUGGAUGAAGAGACCGUUUACCACCUGCAGCCCAGUGGACGUUUUGUUAUUGGUGGACCACAGGGAGAUGCAGGCCUGACUGGGCGCAAGAUCAUUGUUGACACCUAUGGUGGAUGGGGUGCACACGGGGGUGGUGCUUUCUCUGGCAAGGACUACACAAAGGUGGAUCGUUCUGCUGCCUAUGCUGCUCGAUGGGUUGCCAAGUCUCUGGUAAAAGCUGGUCUGUGCCGACGUGUGCUUGUGCAGGUAUCCUAUGCUAUUGGAGUUGCACACCCUUUGUCCAUCUCAAUUUUCUCCUAUGGGACAUCUGAAAUGAGCGAGAAGGAUCUUUUGAGCAUUGUGAAGAAAAACUUUGAUCUGCGUCCUGGUGUUAUUGUCAGGGAUCUGGACUUGAAGAAGCCAAUUUACCAGAAGACAGCAGCCUAUGGCCACUUCGGUAGGGAUAGCUUCCCCUGGGAAGUGCCUAAAAAACUUAAGUGCUGAGUGUGAAGUCUUUCUCCCCAGAUCUGUUGGUGUAUAAUACAGAGAAGCUGCAGCAUCUUGAGGAGAAAGACCCCCUUCUGUAUAACCUGUCCUCCCAUAACUCCAUUUGCUAGUGGAAAAAUAUCGGUUCUUCCCUCUGCUCCCAUCCCCUAUCACACAGAGAUUGUCCCGAGCCCUCUUGUGAUAGCCACUGCCUUGCUAAUGUGUAGUUUUUUUUGUUCAGGGUGAGGGUUGAAAAGGACCAUAAACAAGAGGAUCAAUUUUGGGGUUUGGGUGACCAGACACUCCGUGUUCCCAGUACAACUGUAACCCGAGUCUG